GUUUUUUUUCCAUCGGAUAACAAACUAACAAAAUUUAGGAUUUCUUUGCCUCCCAGGUCGGUGGCGUUGUGAGCGUUUCUUUGUCUUACAACGAAAAAGGUCAGUCCAAGGGGAUUGCCACCAUCAUCUUCAAGAAGCCAGAAAUGGCUGCCAAGGCCUUUGAAAAGUACAACGGUGCCCCAAUUGACGGUGGUUCCACCAAGUUGAAAUUGGAGAUGGUUGUUGACCCAAACAGAAAGCCAUUGAUUGCUAGAAUCCAGCCAAAUCAGAUUGCCAAGACUGUCGCUGCCGCUAAGAAGCAGCAAAAUGGUAGAAACACCAACAACAACGCCAAGAAGGCGCAAACUAAGCAAGCUCCAGCCAAGAAGGCGCAAGCUGCCUCCAAGAAGGCUCCGAAGAGAGGCAAGAAGACUGUUGAAGAAUUAGACCAAGAAAUGGCUGAUUACUUUGAGACCAAGUAAGGGGCAUGUCGUCUCUUCACGGCAACGGUUUGUUAUCGGCCAUAGCUUCCCACUUGUAGUUUUUUGGUAUUAUCUUCCGAUUCUCUUUUUGUAUUUUAAUUAUCUUUUCAAUUCCUAUCAAAAAAUUACACUAUUAAAAUCUUCGUGGCCAGCCAGACACUAACGCCAUAGACAUGGAGGAAGGUAAUUUAAGGAAGUUACAUCUACUCCUGAAAGGACCUAUGUUAUAGACGAGAGCCUUGAAGACCGCCCGGAAACCGCAGGGUAGAAUACAGAUAUCUUAAUUGGGAAAUCGUGUUUUUAGCAAAAAUACAC